AUGACCAUGACCAUCCCCGAGGACGGCAUGCCCAGCACCAACUUCUCCCCACCCAACAGCCCCCGCGCCCACAACACGACCCAGUACAACCAGCACCUAGCUGGAGCAAGAAGUGCAGCCACGCCCCGCGGCUUCGUUGCCCGCGCCUCGAGUGACUCCGAGUACAGGAAUGCCCGUGAGCCUGCCCGCCCGCGCACGCGCACGCUUGAGGAGAGGAGUACGCGGGAGAGGUCGCCGUCGAGCGUCUUUGGCACGGGCCGUCACCGCAUUGGCUCCAUUGCCAGCUCCCAGAACAACUACCAGAGUCUCGAGGAGUCGGUCGUGACUUCCAUCGGCCACAUCUCCACCAUCUCCCCGCCGCCACAGCCGCCCCCGCCACGGCCCUCGAACAACAACACCAGCCGGACCGGCCGCCUGAUCAAGCAGUCGCAGUCGCAGUCGCAGUCGCAGCCCUCGCCAUUGCAGACGCAGAGCCAUUCCCAUGGUCAGUCGAGCCAGUCGCAGUCGUCGUCAUCGGCAUCGUCCCAGUCCCAGGCCCAGUCGCAGCAUCAGCAGCAGUACCAACAGCAGUAUGGCCAGCAACAUCCAUCUCUUACCGCAUCGCCCCUGUCCUCUCCAUCGGGUGUGCCGCCAGAGUCAUGGGUGUCUCCAGUGCCUGCGUCGGAUGCAAAGAAGCUCAAGGCCCUCAUGCGCUCCACAUGCGGCAAGAUGCAGGGCCUGCUUGCCUUCCGGAGGGGCGAGUCGAAUCCCUGGGGGCUGUCGUACUGCUAUAUCAACGAGGAGGCGGGUAGUCUGGUUUAUGAGCCCAAGAAUGACACUUCAUAUACCCGGACCCUAGUACCGGACCUCCGAGGCUGCCACGUCAAAAGCGCAUACGAUGGCGAAGCAUAUACUGCCUACAUCCAGGUCAUCAUGCACAACUCCAAGCUCGAGGUCCAUCUACGCCCGCCCACUCAGGAGGAGUUUGACUCAUGGUUUGCCGCGCUACUGUGCUGGUCGCCCAUGCGUCCCAAGGGCAUCCAGAACCGCAUGGCGAAACCACAGGCUCCCGUCAUGAUUGAGCGCCGAUUGGCUGACAGCAGACGUCACUCGGAGGUGUCGCUGCUCAAAGAAUCCCCCAAGAAAGAAGCGCCCAUCAUCAAGGUCGGCAAGAUGAUAUACUGGGACACAAGUGUCACAUACAGCAACACUGGCACCCCUAAAAGUUCUGGCAACAAUAGCCGACCGCAGGCGUAUAGACUGCAAAGCCACGGAUCCCGUCGAUGGCGCAGAGUGUCCUGCACCCUCCGCGAAAACGGCGAGCUCAAACUCUAUUCUGACACCGAUGUCACCCUUGUAUCUACCAUCCAACUUUCCCAGCUUUCGCGUUGUGCCGUGCAACGAUUGGAUCCUUCCGUUUUGGAUAACGAAUUUUGCAUCGCCAUAUAUCCCCAGUAUACUGCUGCAACUAAUUCUGCGCUGACCAUCUUGCGGCCCAUUUUCCUAUCACUCGAAUCGCGCGUCCUGUACGAAGUUUGGAUAGUCCUACUACGUGCUUUUACCGUCCCGCAGCUAUACGGACCGAAAUCGGAUACCAUGAGCGACGACGGUCCCCUAUCCCCAUCAUUUGGAACGCAGGACAUGUUUCGAAUGGAAAAGUCUUUGUUUGUCAGGGUUAUUGAGGCAAAACUAGUGCCGCCAGUAAGUCCCAAAGUUGCCGACAGCAACGGGACCACUCCAAUACGGCCAUCCUCAUCUGCUACGACGAGCCCAGGUGGCUAUCUAGUAGAAUUAUUACUGGACGGAGAGACACGGGCGCGGACCAUGGUCAAGAGUGAGGGCAACAAUCCAUUUUGGAGAGAAGAGUUUGAGUUCCUCGAUCUCCCUGCGCUACACACAGCAUCUCUGCUGCUGAAGAAACGGCCACCGAGCUACACCCGCACCGAGAAGACCGUCUUCGACUCGGCUUUGAGCUCAGACUCCCACGUCUCUGAAGGUGGCUAUGCGGGCAUCUCAUUUGACCAAACACUAGGCAAAACUGACAUAUACCUGGACGAUCUCGGUGCGAAUCAAGAGAUGGAGAAGUGGUGGCCACUCAUCAACAUGUACGGCAACAGCGUAGGCGAGGUUCUGGUCAAGGUCAGCAGUGAGGAGUGUGCGAUUCUCAUGGCCCGCGAUUACUACCCGCUCUCGGAGCUGCUCCACAGGUUCUCCAACGGCCUCACGCUACAGAUUGCCCACAUGAUCCCGAAUGAGCUGAGGAAGUUGUCGGAAUAUCUAUUGAACAUUUUUCAGGUUUCUGGAGCCGCAGGUGAAUGGAUAUGCGCCCUUGUUGAAGAGGAAAUCGACGGUACAUUGAAGGAAUCCCCUGCAAGUCGAUUACGUUUCAGCAAGAGGCUAGGAUCGAGCGAGUCAAACGAGUCGAAUAUGGGCACUUUUGGAUCCGCAAGCGACCGCGAGCUCUUCGUUCGAGACAUGAACAACAAUGCCAAGCUGGAGGCAAAUCUACUCUUCCGCGGCAACACCCUACUUACAAAAUCAUUGGAUCUACACAUGAAGCGACUCGGAAAGGAAUAUCUAGAGGAGACACUAAGCGAGAAACUAAAGGAAAUUAACCUCAAGGACCCUGAUUGCGAAGUGGAUCCGAACAAGGUUACCUCUCAACACGAGCUGGAUCGAAACUGGCGGAGGCUGAUUAACUGCACGGAAGAAGUUUGGCGGGCCAUCUACAACUCGGUGACCCGCUGCCCGCAGGAGCUGAGGCUGAUUUUCAGACAUAUCAGAGCCUGUGCCGACGACCGUUAUGGAGACUACCUCCGGACAGUACAGUACAGUAGUGUUUCUGGUUUCCUAUUCUUGCGCUUUUUUGUCCCAGCGGUGCUCAACCCAAAGCUCUUUGGUUUACUGAAUGAUCACCCCAAAGUAAAAGCUCGGAGAACUUUCACUCUUAUCGCCAAGUCUCUACAAGGUCUGGCAAACAUGUCUUCGUUUGGUACCAAGGAAGCGUGGAUGGAGCCGAUGAACGCGUUCCUCAUUACACAUCGGCAAGAGUUCAAGAAAUACCUCGAUGACAUCUGCUCAAUAUCAACCACGUCGCAACCCGCGCCGCCGAUACCACCUUCCUAUAGCACUCCGAUCGCCAUUCUCCACCGGCUGCCACCAACGUUCAAAGAAGGUUUUCCAUCGUUACCAUACCUGAUCGAUCAUUCACGCAACUUCGCCAUGCUGGUCAAUCUCUGCGACAAGGAACAACCGAUGCCCAAUUCAAGAAGAAGACAUGGAGGAUACACCGCUGUCUCCAACCAACAAUGGCGAAGAAUACUCGUCAUCUUCGACGAGCACACCCAUUACAAUGCAGCCACCUCCGCGAGCAAGACAUCAGCAAAACUCGAGCAUCUCAGUAUCUCAAAGCUCAUUGAAGAGUAA